AUGCAACAUGCCCGCCGGUCCCUUAUCGCACUUCCGAUCCAAAGUUCCGUCCGUUUCCUCGUGUGCUCCAUGCGGCCUACCCGCCCCGGCCUGCUUGCUUGUCCCAGUGUCCUCAUCAACUUGCGUCGAACGAGACGAGAGACUUCUGCAGUGCACCAACAAACCCCGUCGUCUCUUUUUACUUUCUCUUGGCCUUGCCCUCCCCGACCCUUACUCUUACUCUUAUUCUCACUCCCUCCUUCUAAGCCCUUCUUCUCAAAUUCCUCCAGCCUCCGCCGUUCCUAUUUCUUCCCGCUGACUGUUCGUCCCGAAUCCGCUUACUAUUCACUAUCCUUUCUCUUUCCUCUACUCCGUACCGCAGUCGGCGACAUCUACGACACAAUACUCCCCGACACUCUCACACCUCACUAA